AUGUUGCGCAGCACUUUGUGGAGUUAUAGGCGUUUUGUCUUCAUCGUGCUGUUGCCGCCACUGCUGCUUCCACUACCGCUCAUUGUCGCUAGUAAGGAAUCAUGUUGCGCCUUUGUUCUUCUUCUGAUGGCCAUCUUCUGGACCACUGAGGUCAUCCCACUACCCAUUACCGCCAUGUUGCCCGGCAUCUUAUUUCCCGCCUUGGGCAUCAUGACUUCAUCACAGGUGGCGAUGGCAUUCUUCAAAGACUUUCACUUCCUUUUAGUGGGUGUCAGCUGUCUGGCCACCUCCAUCCAAAAGUGGGGUCUCCAUCGGAGGCUGGCCCUCAGAUUAGUAGCUGCAGUGGGUGCAAAUCCGGCUCGGUUGACUUUAGGCUUCAUGUCUGGAUGUGGCUUCCUCUCUAUGUGGGUGAACAACACCUCUGCCGUCACCAUGGUUAUGCCCAUUGCAGAGGCUGUCCUCUGCCAGAUCCGGAGAGUGAGCGACGUGCCUAGCGAGGGGCCUGACCAGGGACUCGAAAAUUGUGGCCUGCAACUGAAUGAGGUGCAUGUCAACUUAGAGAAUGAAUCUUUGAGGGAUGAGCAGAAUCCCCCAGAAGAAACAUCCUCCUCCACCUCUUCCGCAACCUCAUCAUCGUCGUCAUCAUCAUCAUCAUCACGAGCAGCAGAUGCCACUCAGGUGGUGUGUAUGACAGCGCCCCCUAUGGAACUAAUGGUGGGCAAGGCCAUGUGCAUCGGCGUGGCCUUCGCCUCCAAUAUUGGCGGUAUCGCCACAUUGCCAGGAACAUCACCCAACCUCAUCCUCUCCGAGUAUCUUCAUCAGAUUUACCCAGAAUGCAACUGCAUCAACUUUGGCAAGUGGCUUGCGUUGUGUUUUCCUAUCAGCGUGAUAUCAUUGUUGCUUACUUGGGCAUGGCUCUGCUGGCUCUUCAUUGGCUCAGAGUUCCGCUUGUUAGGGCGAUGCGAAGGACAACACUCUCAGAGGGAGAUAGCCACUCUGAAAAUUAUCCAAGAAGAGUACAGAGCACUUGGACCGAUGAGUGGCCAAGAGCUGUUCACCCUGAUGGUCUUCUGCCUGAUGAUCCUUUUGUGGUUCACUCGAUCUCCGGGCUUCAUUCCGGGAUGGGCCUCUCUCUUCCCUCAUCACUCCGACUACAUGACCGAUGCCACUGUGGCUCUUGUCCUGGGAAUUCUUUUCUUCUUGGUGCCCGCCUAUGGACCCUCACAAAAAUAUGGUAAAAGAAAAAAAAAAAAAAGCCCAAAAUAUUUAAAAAUGUGAAUAAAGAGCAAGGAACAAAUGACAAUGAUAUAUUUCGUUCCAGAGAGCAUGAUCUCCUGGACAGACUUCCAGGCAUUCAUGCCGUGGAAAGUGUCCCUUCUUGUCGGUGGAGGAUUUGCCUUGGCCGAAGGUACUAAGGUGUCUGGUUUGUCCCGGUGGGUGUCUGAACUUCUGUCCCCUCUGAGUAGUCUCCCUCCCCUGGCCACGGUGACCGUGGCGUGCAUCAUCAUCACCAUGGUAACCGAGCUGGCCAGCAACGCCACUACCAUCACCAUAUUCCUGCCCAUCCUCUCGCCGCUGGCCGAAGGCAUCUGUGUCAACCCACUGUCCGUACUGAUCCCAGCCACUUUGUGUACAUCAUUUUCUUUCCUGCUGCCAGCAUCCAAUCCUCCAAAUGCUGUGGUUUUCGCCUAUGGAUACUUCAGCAUUGCAGACAUGGUAAAGGCAGGGCUGGGUGCAAAUGUGAUCGGCCUACCCAUCGUAUUACUGGCGGUGAGCACGUGGGGUGUGCCUUUGUUCUCUCUGGAUAGGCUACCAGACUGGGUUCCCUCAAUCAAUGCAACAACACCCUAAUAGAUGCCGACAAACUCCACACAAAUAUUCUUCAAUGUGUUUUUAUUUUAUUAUAUUCAUUUUUGUGGCCAUGUUACUGUAACAAAAGAUGGGAGUAACAAAAGCUGGAGGAACUAUACUGUGAUUGCUAGGAAUGUAAGAAAGGUCUGAAAGUUGCUGCAUUAAGAUGACGAUUACCAUGAUGACUCGCAGUACAAUGUUUUGCUAUUCUAAUUGCAAAUAGCUGUGAAAAUGGUAAAAAAUUGCAGUAUGUUUUUUUUAGAGCUGUCCCGAUCCGACCACAUAGUCUCUCACUCUCUCUCCUGCUGCUUUUCUUGGUCGGGAAGUGUACUGGAGUUGCUUGUUAAAGUUAACGAUGAUUGACAGGCGUUAAGGCUUGAUCUUGCCAGAGAAGCUUGGAAUCAGAAACUUCAAGGUGCCACAUAUGUCAAUCAUCGUUUAGCUUGUUAAACAUUUGCUUUGGCAACUCAUUGUGUGCAAGUUUGCAGUGUGAGCGGAUUUGAGUGGACUCACAAUGAAGCAUUGAAUGAAGACAAGCAUAUACAUAAAAUAUUUUUUUAUUAUUAUACUUUGGGCCGAAAAAAAUGAAAAAACAUGUCUUAAAUGUAUC